AUGUCGCGCGUCACAGCAGUGCAGGCGGUGCGAUGCACCAGCAAUGCAUUUUCUCACCAGCUGGUCCAGUUGCUAAUUCCUUCUCGAACAGUCUCUCAGCUUAGGCAGCUCGCGUUUCUUUCAACUUCGCAGCGAAAGCCCUGUUGCUCGCUCCAGCCGCCCUGUCAAUGGAUCGCCAAGCGCGCUGCUUCGACCACCCCUCCGGCCUCGGAUCCCGUCUCGACCAUCCCCUACAGCUCGUUGACCGUGGGCGUGCCCCGCGAGACAUACGAAAAUGAGCGCCGUGUGGCCAUCACCCCACAGAACGUGGGCAUGCUCCUCAAGAAGGGCUUCUCGCGCGUCCUCAUUGAACGCGGUGCUGGUGAAGGUGCGCAGCUCUUAGACGAUGCGUACGUCAAGGCGGGCGCGACACUGGUCGACCGCGACGCGAUCUACUCGGAGAGUGACAUUGUCAUGAAGGUCCGCAACCCGCAGAUUGACGGGCCUUUCAACGAAGUGCAGGCUCUCCGCAAAGGCUCAACGAUUAUCUCUUUCUUGUACCCGGCCCAGAACAAGUCCAUUGUGGAGGCCCUCGCCGCUCGUGGUGUGACCUCGUUUGCUAUGGACAAGAUACCUCGAAUUUCCCGUGCUCAGACCUUUGAUGCACUGAGCUCCAUGGCCAACAUCGCUGGUUACAAAGCUGUUCUCGAGGCAUCGAACCAUUUCGGACGCUUCCUGACCGGCCAGGUUACUGCUGCUGGAAAAAUCCCCCCAAGCAAAAUGCUCGUCAUCGGUGCGGGUGUUGCGGGUCUGAGUGCAAUAGCCUCGGCCCGGAGGAUGGGGGCUAUCGUGCGCGGCUUCGAUACUCGUCCCGCUGUACGCGAACAGGUGCAAUCGCUCGGUGCUGAGUUUAUUGAGGUCGAUAUCCAGGAGGAUGGCGCGGGCCAGGGUGGUUACGCCAAGGAAAUGUCUAAAGAAUUCAUCGAGGCCGAGAUGAAGCUCUUCAUGGAGCAGGCUCGCGAAGUUGACAUUAUCAUCACCACGGCAUUGAUUCCUGGACGGCCUGCGCCAAAGCUGAUCACUAAGGAAAUGGUGGCUGCCAUGAAGCCGGGUUCGGUUAUUGUUGAUCUUGCAGCCGAGGCCGGUGGAAACUGUGAAGCUACCGUGCCUGGACAGCUCGCCAGCUACAAGGACGUGACGAUUAUCGGCUAUACCGACCUGCCUUCGCGUUUGCCUACCCAAGCCUCAACCUUGUACUCCAACAAUAUCACCAAAUACCUCCUGUCAAUGGCUCCGAAAGAGAAGUCAUUCGGUAUUGAUUUCAAUGACGAGGUAGUCCGUGGUUCGAUCGUCACUCAAGACGGCGAGAUCAUUCCUCCGGCUGCGCCUCCCGCUCCUCCCCCCACUCCGAAGCCGGAGGCCCAGGCUGUUGCCGCGAAGAAAGAGGAAAAUCUUGAGUUGACGCCGUGGCAAAAGGUUACUCGGGAUGUUGCAACAGUCACCGGCGCAAUGGGCACUACCCUGGCGCUCGGAAAAGCCACCGGCCCUAUGUUCAUGGGUAAUAUGAUGACAUUCGGUCUUGCUGGCCUGGUCGGUUACCGCGCCGUGUGGGGUGUUGCCCCUGCCCUGCACUCGCCGCUGAUGAGUGUGACCAAUGCUAUCUCCGGUAUGGUUGGUAUUGGCGGUCUGUUCAUUAUGGGCGGUGGUUUUGUCCCGAGCACUCUUCCCGAAUACCUCGGUGCUGCUUCCGUGCUGUUGGCUUUUGUCAAUGUGUCGGGUGGGUUUGUGGUCACCAAGCGCAUGCUGGACAUGUUCAAAAGACCCACUGAUCCGCCAGAGUAUCCAUGGCUCUAUGCAAUCCCGGGAUUGGUGUUUGGCGGGGGCUUCGUCGCAGCUGCCAGCACGGGAAUGGCUGGUCUCGUCCAGGCCGGGUAUCUCGUUAGCACGAUCCUCUGCAUGAGCUCUAUUUCCGGUCUGGCCUCGCAGCAGACUGCUCGACGUGGAAACAUCUUCGGCAUUCUUGGAGUGAUUUCUGGAAUUCUGGCUUCUCUGGCUGCUGUGGGUUUCGACACUGAAACCCUCACACAGUUCGCUGUUGUUGCUGGAACAGGUGCCAUCCUUGGAGGAUUGAUCGGUCGUCGCAUCACUCCCACUGGACUGCCACAGACUGUCGCUUCUCUGCAUUCCGUGGUCGGUCUUGCGGCCGUCCUCACCAGUAUUGGCAGUGUGAUGGUCGACAUUGAUCAUGAUAUCUCCACUCUCCACAUGGUCACGGCAUACAUGGGUGUCCUCAUCGGCGGAAUCACCUUCACAGGCUCAAUCAUCGCCUGGGGAAAGCUUGCUGGAAAAAUUUCUUCCAGCGCUAAAAUCCUCCCUGGUCGUCAUUUGAUCAACUCAAGUCUUCUGGCCAGCAAUGCUGCCACCAUGGGUGCAUUCGUGACGAUGGCCCCAGGUAACCCUGGCAUUGCAGCGGCAUGUCUGGGUGCAAAUACUUUGCUCAGCUUCACGAAGGGCUAUACCACCACCGCUGCCAUCGGCGGUGCCGAUAUGCCUGUGGUGAUCACCGUGCUAAACGCGUAUUCCGGGUUCGCGCUGGUUGCCGAAGGUCUCAUGCUCAACAACCCCCUUCUGACGAGUGUGGGGAGCUUGAUUGGCGUGAGCGGCUCAAUUCUAUCAUACAUAAUGUGUGUCGCCAUGAACAGAAGCCUCACAAAUGUCAUAUUCGGGGGUCUGCAGGCGCCUCAGACACAAAAGAAAAUCGAGGGCGAGGUCACACAGACCAGCGUCGACGAUACGGUGGAUGCGCUCACCAAUGCUGAGAGCGUGAUUAUCAUCGUCGGAUACGGAAUGGCCGUCGCCAAAGCGCAAUAUGCGCUGGCCGAGAUUGUUCGCCUGUUGCGCGCCCGCGGUAUCAAUGUCCGCUUCGCCAUCCACCCGGUUGCCGGCCGUAUGCCUGGUCAGUGUAACGUGUUGCUCGCCGAAGCGUCCGUGCCAUAUGAUAUUGUGCUCGAAAUGGAUGAGAUCAACGACGAUUUCGCCGACACAGACGUUACGCUAGUGAUCGGUGCCAACGACACCGUCAACCCUAUCGCGAUGGAACCCGACUCUGCUAUCUCGGGAAUGCCCGUGCUCCACGCGUGGAAGAGUAAGGAAGUUGUUGUCAUGAAGAGGGGCAUGUCUUCUGGAUAUGCGGAGGUACCCAAUCCGAUGUUCUUCAUGCCAGGAACCAGAAUGCUCUUUGGCGAUGCAAAGACCUCAUGCGAUGCCAUCAAGUCUGCCCUGGAGGCACGAAAGUAG